AUGGCGAGUGGUUUCUGGGCGAUUCAGAUGACAGAGCGGGCGAAAAUGAUUUCGGCCUUUGUCUGCCCGUUUAGACGUUUUCAGUGGAUCCGGAUGCCUUUUGGACUCAAGAACGCGCCGUUAGUGUACCAGACCGGAGAGGAGGCUAAGGUCGACCGAGAUGUCCUGGAAUUUCUGGAGUUGACUGUCCCAGACACAGGACCGACGAUUGAAAUUCCUCAAGGCGAAGGUAGCUUCAAAUUUGCCGAGUUGAUGAAGGAGGCGACUGCGUUCAGGCGGAACAUUCCGACCCCAACGCAGAUGGGACCAGUCCUGGGGCGAAGCUCUUACAUAGAUGACAUAGCUCAUGGGGCGCCUACCUGGGACGAACUCUGUGAAGACCUUAAUGCCCUACUAUUUCGACUCCGGUACUGGAAUAUCUCGGUUAGUCUUCCGAAGAGCGGAUUCGGCAAACAAGCUAUACCAUACCUGUCUCACGGAGUCUGUGCUGAAGGUAUCAGGGCUACCCCGAAGAUUGACAAGAGUGUUCAAGACCUACCUUUCCCAUCGACCCUGAAGGGUGUUCAGUCGUUCUUGGGAAGCUUGAAUUACUAUAAUAAGUUUAUCGAGGAUUUGCCUGUUGUCGCGGCUGUGCUUUACGAGUUGGAUGAGGAUCGCAUUCUUGCCGGACAUAAUUUGGAUAAAGCCAAGGAAGCGUUCGAGAUUCUGAAACGUAAGAUCACAUCAACGCCGUUACUGCGCCAUCCAGAUUGUACCAAGCCGUUUGUCAUCAUUCCACAUGCAAAUCCCUGGGCGGCUUGUGCCGUCCUCGGACAGGAACAUGAAGGGAUUUGCCCUUCCGGGCGUUAA